GUGUCCCCGGCGGCGUUGUGCGCUCUGGACUCCGGCUCAUCCUUUGAGAAGUUCCGCCGCAGUCCCAUGCACAGCGCGUCUCCUCCUCCUCCACCUCCUCCUCCUGCUGCUGUGAUAAGAGUGCUGGUGACUUUUCAUGGUCAAACUCCACAGGAUUAGCCCGAGUUGGACAAACGGACCAUGUAACCAGAUCAGAGAUGUUCAUACAGUGUGGCUAUCCAGCGCCGGGCCCUCUUAUCUUCAACCUGUGAUUUGACCUCUCAGCUCCUUUGCAACCUUCAAACACUCCUCUGAUGUGUUAAGCAACUUUGCUGAACAGUUUGAUGGAGAGCUGGUCGGAUGACAGCUGGAACUGUUGUCAUAACCGGAGGAAUACUGGCCACAGUGAUACUUCUGUGUAUCAUAGCUGUGCUCUGCUACUGUCGACUCCAGUACUACUGCUGUAAGAAGAAUGGGUCGGACAGCGGCUCCAUCUCUCAGCAACACUUUGCCUGCAACUCCUGCAGCGUCACCGGCCUGGACGGAUCCAUCGUCAGCCCACUGUCCCUGUCGCCGCCGGACACGGCCAGAUCCUCCAACCCCGCCAAGCCCGGCGGGGGGCGACGCAGCUACUGCCCCAGCUGCUCGCCCUACGACUCGCCCUUCUACAUCCGCACCAACGAUGAGAUGCGCAAUGGCGGCGAACGCAUCAGCUACAUGCCCACACACUACGAGAACCAGGCACUGGCGAUGCCGCUGCCCGCCGUCCGAGGCUCCCUGCUGAGGGAGACUCAGCGAGGGCGGCCUCCUGAUUUCUACACCAACACCCGCGCCAUCAGCACCGAGGUGUGACCAGCCCAGAACCCCAUAACACAUAACAACACACAUACGCACACAUACACACACACCAGCACCAACACUAACAAGACCACAUAAGUGAUUUAACAGCUGCCACCAGUGAGGAUGUGCUGGGUGAAGAUCCACUGUCUGUGCAGGUCACAUCAUCACAUUGAGGAUUACUUCUGAACGCCAAAGUUCAAACCUUCACUUCACUUUAUACUAUUAUAGAUUUUAAAUACCCAUGUCCAUGAAGACAAUAACUAUAUAACUGAUGAAACUGUAGCUGUAAAACGUCCUGUAAGAAAAUGUCCCUUUAUGUUUCCACAUGAAGGGAGCGCUUGUGCACUGUCUGUUGACUGUUACUGUAACUCUACUGACUGAGGGCUAAUUUCUUCACUGAGAGAAUUCCAUGGGUUCCUCCCGCUGCAUAUUUCCCAACGACUGCCAAAACGACGAAAGGAAACUGUAUAAUGAAGUGUGUGAGCAGCCAUGAAGCAACUGUGUCAUAAUAGGAAGAGUUGAAGAGACUGAAAUGCAUUUGAAAAUGUUACAAGGGCAAUAUAACGAGAGGAGCAUCCCCUUUGCAGUUCCCUGGAUCUCUGGAAGCAUGUGAGAGUCACAGGAAAGGUAGAAGAGCGCAGACGACUGGAGCUUUGUCUAUGCAAGCAAACUGCUGCAGCUCUUCAUCUCCAGUUCUCUCCUGUCAGCAGUUUUCAUCCCAUCUACUUUAUUGGAGGAACAUCUUGGGGCGGCGUGCAAACCCAGUGAGCUACGACCGUGCCCUUAGACCGACACACAUUUCGACCUGGAUUGUGGAUACAGUGGUUGGGUUGCCAGAUCUGGUCGCUGAACCACCACUUUCUCCCCCGUGAAGUGUAAACCUGUGAAGAAUCAAGGAUGCCUGGCUGAGCCCUCGAACGCAACAGUGGUGCGCUUAAAAAUAACUGAUUGAAUUUCUCUUGACUGACAGUGAUGCAUAAAAGUUUGAUGUGUAAAUAUGAACUGGAACGAAAGUGUCCUCUUGAGAGAUGCACCCUGGGAUCUGAACUGUGUAUUUUGAAAGAGGGAGUGUGAUUUACUAGUUUGUGCUAUUUUGUCCACACACUCCUGCUAUACUCCUGUACUACUCUCAUGUUGAAUCUUUGAAAUGCAAUUAACCAUUUUCAUUUAUUUUCAUGGUUUGUUUUUCUUCGUUUUCAUAUUGUGAGAACGUCAGAGAACACGUUUAUGUGAUUGGAAACAGUUUCACUUGUUUUCCCCUUUGACACUUCCCGGUGUUACUUGCCAUUCAUGAUGAUAGUUCCAGUGAUAUAUGUCUUUGUAUUUCUGUGUACAGGACUCAGAGGCUUUCUGAGGAAACCCCACUCACUUGCAUGGUGUGACAUUGUUUGGAUAAGGUUUUCAGAGUGGCCACGUGUCAUCAAUCAAGCAUUAAGCUAAGAAAAUGCAGCCUCAUUUCAGAAACAUAAUUAAAGUUAUCAGCAGCUACUUAAUUUCUUUCUAAAUUACUUUUUUUACAUUCAGGUUAAAUAGAUGCAAACUGCAAAGAACAAAUAAAAAUAACCAAAAGAACAAAUAAAUGUACAGAGGACUGUUAAAAUGAAAGUUUGUCACAAAACAUCAAAAUGUUUGCUUUUAGGGAAACUGGUGAAAUCUAGUCGGACACAUCUCGAAAGAGGAUUAAGAGUUUCUACAUGUUGUUGUCCACUUCUACAGAUUAUUUGUCACCAUUCAUUUAUUUAUUCAUUGUGUUAACUAUCUAUUUUACUACUUACUAAACUAUUUAUCUUUGAACAUAGGAAAAAAAUAAGAUUUUUAGAAAUGUGGGUAAAAUGAAAAUCGUACACAAUAAAUACAGAAACAGUAAUAUUUGACAGUGUUGACUUUUGACAAUUAAAGAUUUGUAACUGCUUGAAA